AUGGAUUCGAGCUCACCAGAGAUCCCGAACGUUGCCAAGACCUAUCAAGUCAUCCAGGAUGUCUUGGAGGUUCUAGAUAACAGUACGCUGUAUAUCGAUCGAAGAGGCGAUUUCAAGACCGCUCUUGACAUUGCUCAGCGUUCAUGCUCGCAGAGCCGUUCCACAGGGGGAGGUAACCUCGCUGCUGCUGUCAUUAGCUGCGGGAUUGUCCACACCCUGCAGGGCAACUGUACGCAGGCUCUCAGAGAGUUUAAUGAAGCAAACAAUAUUGGACAUGCCGACCCCACCCUUCGAUACCUCGCAUAUGCGUAUAUCUACGUUGCCAAUACGAUAAACUACGACAUGCUUCCCGAUGGUGGAAAUGGACAUGCGCGUGAUAUUCAAUACAGGUUCGACAAAAUUCAGAAUUUGCAGGGUUGGACUUCGCGCUGUUCGGAACUGGCCAUUAUACACCUUGUGGAUCCCUUGAUAUACCGCGAAUGUGAGCUUUUGAGUAAGCACAGGUGUUGGAUGGCGGCGCCUCGCCAGAGUCCAGAACAAACAGAGGCCUUGUCGAUAAAUAACAGGAAGGUUCAGCUAUUAGGCUCGGAAAAUGAUUUCAAAUAUCUUGCGAAUAUUGGCGCACAUCAGCGAGGACUGUCCAGUUUCCAGAUCGAGAGAGCCAAGUUGUACUAUCGGUAUUUCCACAAGCAGGAAGCCGCUCAGAUUCUGGAUAGCGCCCGAGCAUAUUAUGAUCAAACAUAUGACAUGGUCGGCCUUGGGAGUAUUGAGUUGACACUCGGUGACUGGCUUGUCGCGCCACUUUCUUGCCCCGAAGUCUGGAAUUCAUACCUGGAGCAAGCUACAAGCGACAGUUCACUGCACUGGAAGGUCGAAGCUGCGGAGGCUGCUAUUGACAUUAGCUCCAUUGCCAAAGCAAGGUGGCACUAUGAGUUAGCUUUACCACUGUUCACGUCGCAAAACGCACUUAGAGGAAUGGCGGCGGCGAGAUUGCGCCUCGGGUACCUGUCCGCUCUGGAAGGGCUCGCAGUCACAGAUGCGGACUUUGAGAAACACUUUGCAGCUGCUCGACAGGAGAUACAAGCUGCAGCAACCAUGUUUGAAGAUACGGGAGACAUCAUGGCUUUUCAGCUCUGUCAGGCGCACCUAUCCCUCUGCGACGUAGGAGAGAAACAGGGACCAGACGAUCUACAACGCGCGAUAAGUAUCGGGCAGUGGGGAAGGGUAGAUGGCAGCUUCGGGUACGCGCUGGGACUCGGCCUUUUAUUUGCGCGCAUGGGGAGACGUUGGGCAGAGCACAUAGGCGACUACGAGCGGGCCUUUACAUGUUUCCGCCUCGCACAAGCCUUGUUCGAGGAAUUGGGCGCAGAGCUGUCUCAUAUUCACGCCAUAGCUGAUCAGAUGAACCUCUACAAGCUUCUUGGAGACUUUCCCAGUUUCUCAAGGCUGGCUUUGGUAGCUUUGGACGAAUGCGGAACCUUGCAGAGUCAGGAGCCCAACCUCAGAGAGCGUAUUGAAGAGUUGUCCAGCUGGAUCCUCAUCAGCAUCAUAGGUACAGCUAUGAGCAGGAAAGACCCCGAUCUAAUCGACCACGCGCUAGAUUACUGCUCUGGCCAUUUGGGAACGGAGUUUGGGGAAGAAGUCACAAUGCCCCCGAACAUAAUUGAAAUCGCUACUGCGCUAUCCGCCAUUCAGGUCUCAGAGGACCCCGGGGCUAUUUCCGAAGCUAUGGACAAAGCCCUCAGCGCCUUCAAUCCUAACGAAAUGGCUCGAACAAUGUUGAUGUCCGCUGUCACAGACUCCCAACUCUAUCGCGAAUUCUAUCGCGGGUUGAGUCAUAGAAGAGAGGGUCGUGACGACGAAGCCCGAGACUGUUUUCGAAUCGUCCGACAAAAAUCCCAAGCUUAUGAGGACACUCGGAGACAUCAUUUAGAAGCCAUGGCAUAUGCCGGUGAGGGCGAUUAUGCACGUGCAAGGGCGGCGAAUAAGAGGUCUCUCAAGCUACGAAUGACAGAUUUCGAUGUCCGAGAACAAACUGGCCAGAGCACCCGGUUGGAUGUUGACAGCCGCAGGCAUGGUGCCGUGGAGGCGCUCAUGGCUUUUGCCGAGUUUGAUGAUUUUCAAGAAGCCGAGAGGUGGCUGCAUUUCUUGAAUUCUCACAUUCCGGAUUGGUGGAGUGCUCAAAGUUCUCCUUGGGAGGCUCUUCAUUACAUGGCUCGGACACAAGAGGGCAUUGGAGAUUUGGGACCCGCUCUCGCAACCUAUGAGAAGGCCAUUUCAAUGUUCGAGCGACAUCGACAGAGCCUGUCUAUCGAUGAGCUAAAGCUCGCUUUCUCUGGCGGAUCUACGACACAGAAGAUGUUCUUUGCCUAUACGAGGACAUUAGUCAAAAUGCACCAACACUCGGAGUCUUCGACUCUCUCUAUUAAAGAGCUCGAGGCAAAAAUAUUCGAGGUUGUUGAGCGAGGAAAGGCUCGAAGUCUUCUCGACCUUAUGCAAGGCGGACUGGUGGGAAGUAGCCGAGUCGCCGGUUCCAGUGCAUUUCGACGCUGGAGACAACUACAUGCCUCAAGAUCAAUGCAUUGUACGCUGCUCGAGCACAAGCUGAGUAGCGGGAAAUCGGAGCAGGGAGAGGUUGCUCAGCUGAAGGAUUCAAUCACCAAAAUCGAAGCCCAGAUUCAGAUCGUGGAAAAUGAGAUGCAAUCCAGUGGCAGCUCAGCAAAGCCAGUCACAGCUGAGGUCAGCGCUCUUAUGGAUGUCGCCAACAGUCUCUCCAAUGGUACGCUGAUCCUGCAGUAUUUCUACAAUCAUAACACCCUGUAUAGCUGGGCUAUCAGCCACGAAGGGAUGGUAGAGCUCGUGGACAUUGAACUUGAGGAAUACUGGCUGGACCGAGUCGCUAAGUCUUUUCAUCAUGCCUGCGACAAAGGACUCAUCACCGCCCAUGGGGAGCAACUUUCGGACACACUCCUUAAACCUUUCAAUGACCUUCUGGAGCGUUAUACGAGGCUUAUAAUAGUGCCCCACGGCUCCCUUCAUCUUGUCCCGUUCCACGUUCUUCCGUUCAAAGGAGCACCUCUUGUUCUGUCCCAUGUGGUGACAUACCUCCCAAGCUCAAGCAUCUUACGUUUUCUCCACCCGAAUGAGACGCAGGCUCGGCGACAAUCAGUGCUUGCGAUGGGUAAUCCCGCAAAUAUGAGGAUAACAGACCGAGACGACAAGACAGUGUCUGCGCCACCGUUACGCGGUGCAGUUAAGGAAGCUGAAGCGGUUACUGCCUUUUUACCCGAGAGCAAGGCCAUCCUCAAUAAGGAAGCAACGCUUGACAAUUUGCUGAAAUACAUACACGAUUAUCCGAUCCUUCAUCUGGCCACUCAUUGCAAGUUCGAUCCCGAGGUGCCUCUCCUGUCAUCCGUUUGUCUCGCCUACGGCAGGCAGUUAUCAGUCCUUGAUCUGUUGGACUUGCAUCUCGACGUGGAUCUCGUUAUUUUCAGCGCGUGCCAGACUGCCAAGGGGACCCCGACUGGUGGAGACGAUAUAGUCGGGUUCGCCCGUGCUCUUUUUGCAGCGGGUGCCCGGGCAGUCAUGGUUAGCUUAUGGCCUGUUGAUGACGGUGCGACGUCUGAAAUCUUGAUCGAGUUCUAUAAGCGGCUUGCGAGUGGCAAGUCACCACCAUUCGCUUUGCAAGAAGCCCAGCUGUCCUUUUUCAAGAAGCACUCCGGAUCUUGCGGGAUUGAUGACUACACAUCGAAUCAUACCUCAGACUGCGCUGCAAGCCACGAGGAUUCUGUAAGAAGAAUGGCUGUUCUGAGAGAUAUCACCAACAACGAGCAGGCCAUGCCUACCGAUUAUUCUCUUCCUGCGUACUGGGGCCCGUUCAUCUUGAUGAGUGCCUAG